CUCAAAUUUACAGAUUUCUCAAAGGGUACUCACAAACUAAGCAACGCCUCCAUCAGCCCAGCGAUUCAAGCCUGCUCAAAAUGAACCCUUCCCUUCGCCGGAGCAGGCAAUUCUCCGGUCACAUUCGCCACCGGCGAACUAUUUCCACAACGCGCAAAUUCAACAACCAAGGAAACGACAAAAACUUCAUAGCAACUCUAAAUGAAAUCGUUCGGAGCAAACGGAGCUGGAAUAUAGCACUGAACAGCACCAUUUCCACCAGACUGAAAAACCAUCACGUAGAGCAAAUUCUAAUUCAAACCCUUGAUGAUUGUAGGUUGGCUUUACGGUUCUUCAAUUUUCUUGGCCUUCACAAGAACUUUUAUCAUUCAACAAUAUCGUUUUGCAUUCUAAUACAUUCCCUUGUUCAGUCCAAUCUUUAUUGGCCUGCUACUUCACUUUUGCAGACCCUAUUGCAAAGAAAAGUGAACCCAAGUUUUGUUUUUGACAAUUUGUUAGAUGUGUAUAAAAGAUUCAAUUUUGGUCACACUUUGGGUUUUGAUUUGCUAAUCCAAAAUUAUGUUCAGGAUAGGAGAGUAAUGGAUUCUGUGUUGAUUGUUAGGCUUAUGAUGGAGCAUUCAUUAGUACCAGAAUUAAGGACUUUAAGCACUGUGCUAAAUGGGUUGAUUCGAAUAAGACGGUUUGAUUUGGUUUUGCAAUUGUUUGAUAAUGCAGUAACUUUGGGUGUUAAGCCUGAUGAGUAUAUUUAUACAGCUGUGCUUAAAAGUUUGUGUGAGUUGAAAGAUUUUGAAAAGGCUAAGGAAAUGAUGAAUUGGGUUGAGAGAAGUGGGAGUAAAGUGAGUGUUAUUUUACACAACAUAUUGAUUCAUGGGCUCUGUAAGGAUGGAAGAGUUUGGGAAGCUGUUGAAAUUAAAAGUUUGUUGAUUAGCAAAGGAUUGAAUGCUGAUACUGUCACAUAUUGUUCUUUGAUUUUGGGGCUGUGUAAAGUGAAUGAAUUUCAGCUUGCUCGAAGGUUAGUGGAUGAGAUGUUGGGGCUGCUUUUGGUUCCUCGUGAGGCUGUAGUGUCGAGUGUUGUUGACGGGUUGAGGAGAGAGGGUGAUUGUGUAGCUGCUUAUAGAUUAGUUGAUAUGACAGGGAAAGUUGGAGUUGUGCCCAAUUUAUUUGUUUAUAAUGCAUUGCUUAAUUCUUUGUGUAAAGGUGGGAAGUUGGAUGAAGCAGAGUCUCUUUUUAAUAGAAUGGAGGAUAAAGGGUUGUGCCCAAAUAGUGUAACUUAUUCCAUCAUGAUUGACUCUUUCUGCAAGCAAGGGAGAUUAGAUGCUGCAGUUCUUCUUUAUAAUAGAAUGCUUGAUAAUGAGGUAGAAUUAACCAUAUACCCUUACAAUUCUCUCAUCAAUGGCUAUUGCAAGGCUGGAAAAUGCAGUGCGGCGGAAUCUAUCUUUAAUGAGAUGAUUGAUAAAGGAUUGACCCCAACUGUUGUAACCUAUACUUCAUUGAUAGAUGGCUACUGCAAGGAAAGAGAAGUGCAGAAGGCCUUUAGGCUUUACCAUGAGAUGACUGGCAAAGGAAUCUCACCUAAUACUUUCACUUUCACUGCACUAAUCUCUGGUUUUUGCCGUGCACACAUGAUGGUAGAAGCAAGUAAGUUAUUUGAUGAGAUGGUGAAAAUGAAUGUAACUCCUAAUGAGGUCACUUAUAAUGUCUUGAUUGAAGGGCAUUGUAAAGAUGGAAACACCAUAAAGGCUUUUGAAUUGCUAGAUGAAAUGUUGAAGAAGGGUCUCGUUCCUGACACAUAUACGUACAGAUCUCUGAUAACUGGACUUUGUGCAAAAGGUCAAGUAUCUGAAGCAAAAGAGUUUGUUGAUGACCUUCAAAACCAGUGUCAUUAUCUGAAUGAAAUGUGUUUCUCUGCUCUCUUACAUGGUUAUUGUAAGGAAGGAAGAUUAAAGGAUGCACUAACCACUACUGAUGAGAUGAUAGAAAAGGGAAUAAACAUGGACCUUGUGUGCUACGGUGCACUUAUUUAUGGAACUCUAAAGCUUCAUGAUUGGAAAUAUUUAUUAAAUAUAAUGAAGGAGAUGCACGACCGAGGAAUGAAGCCUGAUGAAGUAAUAUACACUAGCAUGCUUGAUGCAUAUGGAAAAGUUGGUGAUCUUAAAAAAGCUUUAAAAUGCUGGGAUAUAAUGGUCAGUGAAGGAUGUUUCCCAAAUAUGGUGACGUAUACUGUGAUGAUAAAUAACUUGUGCAAGGCUGGAUUAGUAGAUAAAGCAGAGAUAUUCUACAAGGAAAUGUUAGCUAAAGGGUUGACACCUAACCAGUUCACAUAUAGUUGUUUCCUUGAUUAUCUCACUAGUGAAGGGUACUUGGUAGAAGCUAAACAGCUUCACGAUGCAAUGCUGAAAGGGUACCUUGCAAAUACUGUGACAUACAAUAUUAUUAUACGGGGUUUGUGCAGAUUAGACCAAAUUCAGGAAGCGAUGGAUAUUUUGCUUGAAAUGGAGGACAAUGGUAUCUCCCCAGAUUGCGUAAGUUACUCAACUAUCAUUUAUGAAUUCUGUAGGAGGGGUGAUCUGUUAGGAGCAAGAGGCUUGUGGGAAUCCAUGUUGACUAAUGGUCUGAAGCCUGAUGCAGUGGCUUAUAACCUUUUCAUUUAUGGUUGCUGCAUCGCUGGAGAAAUGUCCAAGGCAUUUGAAUUGCGUGAUGAGAUGAUAAGAAGUGGUCUGAAGGUGACUCAUGCAACAUAUGCUUCUUUAAUCCAUGGAACCUGAAAAAUGGGGCAGUCCACCAGAUCUGCUAGCGCUGCUGCAAGGAUCAUUUACUUUGAUCAAGUAAUGACUAUCAAAAUUCAGGAUAUUUGUACAGGACGUGAUCAUGUCAACCUUUACUCUAAAAUGCCUCAUCCAUGAAUAGUUCAACGUCCUGCCUUUUUAUAUGAGGACAUGAACUAAGAGUUGGGCAUCUUUAGAACUUCAAGGGAGACAGGGGAAACCCGCAGCCGCUACCCUUUGAGUG